AUGAAUACCCAGGAAAGUUCAAUUAGACGCAUUCAGAAGAAGAUUGAUGUACAUACGUAUGAGCCACCCAUAAUUCUAGUAUUCCUGGAUUCCCGAGGCGCAUUCGACUCCGUCGAUCGGUUUGUUCUUCUUGAGACGCUUGCCCACCAAGGAAUGCCCCGGAAGUUUGUAAACAUAAUACGUUCUUUGUAUUCUCAGACUUCCGGACGUGUGAGCGGCGAGCUCUCCAAAAGUUUCCGUACACAAAGCGGUGUCCGUUCAAGAACCUUUCGGCAAACAACCUACAGUCACAUUAUGACAAACGAGGAGUAUAUUCGACCCAGAACACUUGUUGAAUACACACCAAACCCCAUGUGCGUUGAACAGCUGAACUGUUCCAGCUGUCUGGCUCUAAGUCAUCCAGAUGGCUUCCAUUGCGCUUGGUGCCCGAAAGCCCAAAGAUGCAGCGACGGUUAUGACCCGUACACAGCCGACUGGAUAUCCAAGAAGUGUGACGUAAAGAACGUGACCGAGAACUGCUUUGAAUGGUCAACAGCAACGAAGACAACGAAUACAGCGCCAAAACAGCAGACUUUAACUUCGGUAAAUACAACUCCAGCAUCGAUAAACACUGAACGUCUGAUGAGAAACAAAACGAUGAAUGGGAACUCAAUGAGAACAGAUACGAUAGAUAGGAUAACAAGUGCACCGGACAACACAACAGUGUCGCGGGCGACAUCGGACGGAUCGAGCGAGAACGCGGAUGCAGCAGGCACAACGGAGGUCGAAACAAGAGUGAUGGAGGGAGAACCGAAAACCGCAAGCCGAACCGCAGUAAACACAUUGAUUUCAACAAAUAGCAUGCCCGGACUGGCGACAAACUCGCCGCAAAACGUCGAUGGCGACGAACAAGCGUUAACAAACACGGUGCUUCUGUCAACCCUAACGGCAGGUAAUGGGGAUGCAACAAACCCAACGACCUUAAAGUCAUGGAUACAAACACCUUUUCCAAGCGAUACAAGAAAGACAGAGACAGAUGAGUUCAGUACGGGGGCAACAACAACAGGAGGCCUACAAACCGCGGAAACAUCUGACGUCGUACAAACAACUGUCAGUUCUCGGAAUGAAAGCGCUGUUCCUUGUACAGAUGUGAGAAGUUCAUGUUGCGCUAUCAGUGGCAGCAGGACUCUUGUGUUGUGUGUCUUGUUGCCGCUGGUAGUAGCGAUUCUGUCACUCUUCCUUUGCACUUUGGCGUUGUGCACGUGGAAAAGACGGCAUCGACAUGUCCUGCGGUCACAAAAGCCUCAGCACGACCAACACAAACAAGCUGAGUCGACCGUGAGUGACUCGGUGAAGGAAAGCGUCCCGGAGAAGAGAGCAUCUUGCGAACGGCGUCUGACUAUCUACACAUGCUCCAGUUGCGGAGGAGUGACUCGAGUGGCUGCCACUGGUAGAACAAACUCUGAGAAACCCACUGUCGACGAGCCACUACAAAGUCAACCCAAAAGCUCUCAAUAA